AACAAGGCGUGGUUUAGCAACAACAGGUAACCACGUGGCAUUGUUAGGGCAAAAAGAAAGAGAAAAGCAGGAGACGAGAAAAUGCCAAAAUCCAAGAGAAACAGAGUUUAUUCACUGACUAAUACGCGUAAGAAAGGGUCAGAGCGAAAAGCGUCUCUCCUUCAAGAUGUCCGCGACUGCUGCGACCAAUAUUCAAAUCUUUAUGUGUUCAGCGUUGAAAAUAUGAGAAAUAGUAAAUUAAAAGACGUCCGUACUCAGUGGAAACACAGCAGGUUCUUCCUUGGCAAGAACCGGGUAAUGCAGCUGGCACUGGGUAACGAUGAGGCCCAGGAAUACAAGGAGGGAUUGCAUAAGAUUGCUAACUUUCUAAGAGGCAAUGUUGGUCUUCUUUUUACUAACGAGGACAACUCCCUGGUGAAGUCAUGGUUUGAGUCUUACUAUGAAAUGGACUAUGCCAGAUCAGGUUUUGUAGCUGAACAGAGAAUAGCUUUAGAAGAAGGUCCUUUGGAUCAGUUCACUCAUAGCAUUGAGCCCCAUCUCCGUUCGUUGGGUCUACCUACUAAACUUGAGAAAGGCAAAGUCAUCCUGUUACAGGAUCAUGUUGUCUGUUCUCCUGGCGACACACUCACUCCAGAACAAGCAAGAAUAUUAAAAUUAUUGGGUUUUCCGCUUGCAAAGUUUGAAGUUCGGCUCUUAGCUCACUGGUAUAAGGAUGGGAGUGUGACACGCCUCUCAGACCACACCCCCUGUGGCGGCUAUAACUCACAUGACGAGGAGGAAGAACCAGAAGAGUAAACUGGUUUUAAGAUUGAAAUGUGUACAAAGUUAAUUAAUUGAUGCUUUAUUUUAUCUGUGCAUCAGAUUUAAACCAAAAAAAUUAAA